AUGGCGAGUGAGGGUGAGGUAACACAAGGAAAAUCAAAAACAAUUUGGGAUCCACCAACACAUGAGAAAUGGAUUGAUUUAGCUGUAGAACAAGUGAGAGCAGGUAAUAGAAAUGGAUCACAUUUGAGCAAAUUAGGUUGGAAAAUUAUUAUUGAAAAAUUUAAUCUUGCAACAAAAAGAAAUUAUGAUCGAAAGCAAAUGAAAAAUCAUUGGGAUAAUGUUAAAAAAGAGUGGCAACUAUGGGAUUCAUUACUUAGAGGAGAGACUGGACUUGGUUGGGACAUACAGAGGCAAACAGUUGAUGCUCCAGAUGAAUGGUGGGAUGCAAAGUUACGAAAAUAUCUAGAUGCUGCUAAAUUUCGAGUGAGAGGUUUAGAACAUUCUUUCAAACUGGAUGAGUUGUAUAGAGAUGUUACUGCUACAGGAGCUAGAGCUUGGGCACCAACCUCUGGUUCACUAUGUAGUGUUCAAGAAGUUAUCGAUAAGUUAGUUACACUUCCAGGUUAUGAACCAAUGAGCCCUCUUUUCAAAGUUGGUACUUCCUUGUUCACAAAGAAAGCAAAUAGGGAAAUUUUAGUAGCUUUGAAGUGA